AAGGUUGGGUAUUUCUCGGGAUAUUAUAUACUUUUUAAAACCGACGGAAAUUCAGUUUGUUUUUUGGCAUCAUGGCAGACAAGCAGGCAUGUCGCGUAAAAGUGUGAUAUGAAAUCUUCUCGUACUCAUUAAUACAAAUCAGCAAAAAAAUCCAAGUGCUUCAGACACAAAUGUUGAAUGUCAUAGUUUUUUUUGCUAAUCCAUUUGUACCAUUAGAAAAAAUUUCAAAGUGACAAACAGAAAUUUUGAAUUCCAAGAUUUUAAUGAAUAAUUUCAAAUUUUCAGGAAUCUUAUAUCCUCUUUCCUGAUUGUCCCUUAAAAGGAUUAAAGUGUAAAUGAAUAUCCAAUUAAAAAUUGAGAAUCAGGAUAUCAAAAUAAAAAAUCCAUAAAAAACUUGAGAAUUUCCCUUAAACUCGGUUAUCAAGGAUAUUUCCAACUACCCCCCUUUUUUCGGUCUGUGGUUAAAACCUGCAUCCUUACGAAAAUUACAAAAAGAAAAGGAUUGCAGUGAUUUGAAGUGCAUCUCUCCUUUGAGGAAAAAAGUUUUUAAUAUUAAAUUGCAAAUAUUCUUGGUAUCACGUUUGUAGCCCAAAGGGCAAGUGUUUGUGUGUAUAAAUCUUGUAUAACAAGUUUCUAAGUGGAAAGAAUCCAUAUUUCACUCUGUGUAAUUUAUAUUGUGACAUAGCAAUUCACAGGACACCAAACAGCAUCACCAGCAACAGAUAAAGAUAUUCAACAAAAACAACAUCCCAGGACAGGACAUCCCUUUUUUGUCAUGUGAUUCAUUUUCAUCUCUGAUGAAAGAAUUCACAAAGUGUGUACAAAACUACACACACUUUCCGACACACGCACACACCCAUUCCACUAUUAUUCUAAAAAAAUUACAAACAACGUAGAAAAAUAUGAUGGAAAAGUAUCUUUUUCCUUUUGGUUAUGUCAAAAUGGACCUGAAUACAGACAACAUAGAAUUUGAUAUUUGUUCUUCGAAUAUAAAAUAAAGAUGAACAACUUUACCAACUAAAAACGAAAGCGCAACAUCAUCACCACCGUGUUAGUUUAAUGCAUUAAAAAGACUUCUCUCUAAUGUUAUACCAAACGCAUUAACACAUUCCACAAAGUAGCACCUGGCAAAAGAGCAAAAUAACAACCACCCAAAAUUAAAAUAACAACACCCUAUACAAAAUAUUCACCUAUAAACUUAGUUAUAUAUAAUGGAAACCUUCCAACCCAACACAACUACGGAAUUAUUUCCCAUCACAUCAACUGAAUCCGUAGUUGCCAUCACUAAUGGCAACAGCAAUGGCUGCACAGUUCCUCCACCCUCUUUCAAUCCCAGUCAUAUUGGUAUUGAUCUAGCGGUACCCGAAUGGGAAGCCAUACUCACUGCCCUAAUCCUAUCAAUAAUCAUAGUACUUACCAUUAUCGGCAACAUCCUCGUCAUUCUAAGUGUAUUCACCUAUAAACCACUGCGGAUAGUGCAGAAUUUCUUCAUAGUUUCCCUAGCCGUUGCCGAUCUAACCGUUGCCCUCCUCGUUCUACCCUUUAACGUUGCCUACUCAAUUCUCGGUAGAUGGGAAUUUGGGAUACAUUUGUGCAAAAUGUGGCUAACGUGUGAUGUCCUCUGUUGCACAUCAUCAAUUCUAAAUCUUUGUGCAAUAGCAUUGGAUAGGUAUUGGGCCAUUACCGACCCCAUCAACUACGCACAAAAGCGAACUGUUGGUCGAGUCCUUUUACUCAUAGCUGGUGUUUGGAUCCUAUCCUUACUUAUAAGCUCACCACCUCUGCUCGGUUGGAAUGACUGGCCUGAGGAGUUCACCAGCGCCACACCCUGCGAACUCACCUCAAACCGAGGCUACGUGAUAUACUCAUCGCUCGGUUCGUUCUUCAUUCCACUCGCCAUCAUGACUAUCGUUUACAUCGAAAUCUACAUUGCCACAAGGAGGCGUCUCCGGGAACGCGCUCGAGCAUCCAAAAUCAACACAAUCGUUACAAUGAAAGGUAACCCAGUUGGUGGUGGAGGUGGGAAUAAUAAUGCCACUGGUGGAACUGGUGGCAAUCGUCUCGAAAAGGACAUGACUUCCGUGCAACAGGACCAAGAGUCCAUUAGCAGUGAAACUGCCGUCAACGAAGCGCAUCACAACAAUUCCUCCGAUCAAGCCGCUAUCAAUCCCAAAGACACACACAAUGGCAACGAAAAGGCGGCGAAAAAAUCUCGUCGUCCGAAAAUCAAGGACUCCAUCAAACAUGGUAAAAAUCGAAAAAUAAUCCAGGAGCGAUUACUGCCACCGCCCGAUACCAAUCAAGAGAUUUCGAAUGUUAGUGAUAAUCCUGAGAAUUCCUCCGAGUCUGGCCCAAAUGCCAAUAACAGUGUUACCGGUAAUUCGGAGAAACUUGAAAAGAGCGUGUUGGUGGAGAGUUCGAAGAGUAACAAGCCGCCACCCAAGAAACCAACGGGCGUUUAUCAAUUUAUCGAGGAAAAACAAAAGAUUUCUUUGUCGAAGGAACGACGGGCGGCCCGAACUUUAGGCAUUAUUAUGGGAGUCUUUGUAAUUUGUUGGCUGCCAUUUUUCCUUAUGUAUGUUAUUUUGCCAUUUUGUUUGUCCUGCUGUCCUACAGAUAAAUUCAAGAACUUCAUCACAUGGCUGGGAUAUAUUAAUUCCGGCCUUAAUCCGGUUAUCUAUACGAUUUUCAAUUUGGAUUAUAGGAGAGCUUUCAAACGACUAUUGGGCUUACGGAGUUAAGGCAAAUUAGAGUUUAGGUGAAUUUAUUAUUAUUACUACUUACGAGUAGACUGUGUAUAUUCUUAUUAUCUGGCUUAUGAUAUUUAAAAGAAGAAAAAAAAAAAAAAG